CCAACAACUGCCCCACCUUCAACAACCAAGGAGAUGACAACAGUUGUUACCACUACUCCUGAAUCAACCACAAGGGCGGUCACCACAGUGGAGGCUACAACAGAAGCCUCCACUACAGAAGCUGUGACAACUGUUGUUAGCAGAACAGCUACUUCUAUAGUUCCAUCAACUACUUUUGCACCAUCAACUACUGAGGAGAUGACAACUAGUGUUGUGUACACAACUACCGCAGAGUCAACUACUGUGGAAGAGACUACUACAGUACGGAGUACCACUGAAGAGAGUACAACAGCUCCUCCAAGUACAACUGAGAAGGCAACUACUCGUGUGACAAUUACAAAGGCUCCUUCAACAACUGCCCCACCUUCCACAACUGCUCCACCUCCAACAACUGCCCCACCUUCAACAACCAAGGAGGUGACAACAGUUGUUACCACUACUCCUGAAUCAACCACAAGGGCGGUCACCACAGUGGAGUCUACAACAGAAGCCUCCACUACAGAAGCUGUGACAACUGUUGUUACCAGAACAGCUACUUCUAUAGUUCCAUCAACUACGUUUGCACCAUCAACUACUGAGGAGAUGACAACUAGGGUUGUGUACACAACUACCGCAGAGUCAACUACUGUGGAAGAGACUACUACAGUACGGAGUACCACUGAAGAGAGUACAACAGCUCCUCCAAGUACAACUGAAAAGGCAACUACCCGUGUGACAACUACAAAGGCUCCUUCAACAACUGCCCCACCUUCCACAACUGCUCCACCUCCAACAACUGCCCCACCUUCAACAACCAAGGAGAUGACAACAGUUGUUACCACUACUCCUGAAUCAACCACAAGGGCGGUCACCACAGUGGAGGCUACAACAGCUCCAUCAAGUACAAGUGAGAAGGCAACUACUCGUGUGACAACUACAAAGGCUCCUUCAACAACUGCCCCACCUUCAACAACUGCUCCACCUCCAACAACUGCCCCACCUUCAACAACCAAGGAGGUAACAACAGUUGUAACCACUACUCCUGAAUCAACCACAAAGGAGGUUACCACAGUGGUGUCUACAACAGUGCUCUCUACCACGGAGGAAGCGACUACAAUCAUCGUAACAACUCAAGAAAGAACCACUGUGCCAACAACCACUGAGACCCCAAGUUCUACCGAGGAGUUGACAACCACAACGUUGAUCACCACAGGUCCCGAGUUAACAACAACACAGGAGACAACAACAGUAGUCACGACCACACAAGCACCAUCUACCACUGGUUUAAUUACGACUGAGGCUCCAUCAACUACUGUAAAAGAAACAACUACGGUGACAACAGAGGGGCCAACCACAGUGAAAUCUACUGCGACUGAGAAAGUGACCACGCCAAAAGGAACAACUGUCACUGUCACAGAAACUACCACGGAAGGUGCAACAACUGUUAUUAAAACAACAACAGAAGCCCCAAGUGUCUGCAUGUUUAAUGAACAGAAGUUUACUGAAGGUGAAAUAAUACCCUCUGUUCAACCUUGUGUCGUGCUGAUUUGCGGAGAGAAUGGAAACAUCAUAUCAGAGAAAAUCAAUUGUAACCGGACAUGUCCUAACGGAAAAUUGAUGGAAGUAAGCCAUGAACAUUGCUGUCCUGUUUGUGUUCCGAAAGAGGAGGACUGCUUCUAUCGCAAUGAUCCCAACUUCCUCGUAGUUGGUGAGUGCUUGUCCGAGGGACGCAUCCCGCACACCGACUGUGAGGGGUCUUGCGGCUCCAACUCGCGGGUCACCAUGAUGCCAGACUCCCACAUCACGUUCAACUGUGGCUGCUGCAAACCCUCCAAGCUGGAGCAGAAUUACGUCACGAUGAAGUGCAAUAACGGGACCGAGUUUGUUCACCCGUAUUAUGAGAUCAAGGCUUGCUCGUGCAGCUCAUGCGAGUUCGAUCCCAUGGAAACACUGAUUGUCAACAAAUUUGUGCUUCCUCAGGAGGGAGAAUUCUAGUAUUUUUUCUAACCAUCCUUUGUACAGCCGUGCACCUGACCUCUUCGAAUCCGUGCACAAACAGUAGAUUUCGUUUCGUGAUUACUUUCGACAGCCCAAGUAGGAGGAUACAUUAACGUGCGCGUUCUGGUUCAUGUGGCUGUUGCGCCGUGUACGCACGAGUCUUAUGUGCACGUGCACAAACCACAUACAAAAAUUAUUAGGAAACAUUAGAUAUAGUACGUGUACUGGCUACGAAAUACAGCUUGGGAAAAGUCACUUGUUAAGUCAACAUUUGCCAUGUUUUUUUUUUAUUUGGCACACAAUGGACAAUGUGCAUUUUACAUCAAAAUGUUGAGAUGUACAAACAUUACAUUCACUGUGUUGAUUUCCGCACAGAAGAGGUCCGCAUAAACGACAGGUAUAGCAGCGACGUUGUGUGGACUUGCCCACUUCCACACAAUGUUUCCCCAUCUCGGGAAAACAGGUUGAGAGGCAUUUUUGGAUUAGGUUUAUCCGUGGCAAAAUGAAUAAAAACACCAGAGGGAAUCAUAGAAGAAAACAAAUUGGGUUGAAUUUUUUUUUUCACAGUGUGAGUAAAUUGAUUUUUUUUCAGAGGUUUUCUAAACUACAGAAAGAAAAGCAAUGUCCACACUAGGUAUGUAACUUAAACAUGUAUGUAUCUAGGUGGGUAUCCUGUACACUUAAUCAUCGGUGCCGUUUUUCUUCACAUAAUCGUCAGAUGCAGCGGUGGCGGUCUUCCCAAACUUUCCCAGUAUAACUCUUGAUGAGGGCGUACUUGUGCACUGAGUCCCUGGCCUAUAGGUUGUGAAUGAUGCAUAAUAGAUCGACACGUCCCGAAAUAGAAAAAAAAAAACUAUACGGUACAGGAAUCAACCUAUGAUUCGUCCUCUAGUCCAGUGGUUCUUCUGUUGGUGAUUUAAAAUUUGAUAAUAACUAGACGAUAUUGUCAAACUAGUUUUACUCUCCAAAAAAAGUUGUUUAAUACUGUGUUGUACAAAGGAUGUUUAGUUAAAUAUACAUGUACCAAGAACCGAAACGACGUCAACGUGACAGUUUAAUCGAAUACUAUGACGACGGCUUGAAAUGAAAUUUAUGAAAUUUUCGCUAGAUUUGCGUUUUUUGCUUGAUUAGAUAUGCUUGAAAUUUGCCGCAUUUACUGCAUGAUUUGCUAAGGAUACAAUUGAGUUAGUUUCGAUAUAUUAUAUUUUAUUAUGCUUGUCUCAUUACAGCCGUUCUACUAAGUAACAUGACAGAUAAAACAUUUGUUAGUUUCGCCGCUUACAUGUCGGGAUCGGUGAAACCAAUGACAUUCAGCAUUGUUACAAUUCACAAAGGAAUAAAUAAUGCAGGGGUGAAAUUUCUGAGGAAGCGUUCCUGAUUUCAGAAGUUUUCGUCAUGAUUUUUAAAGAAUCCAUCUUGAAAUCUGCAAUUCCAGAGGUUCUACCGUACAACUGGUUUUGCCUAUAAAAGCUCAUGUAGAACAAAGAAAAGGAGUGGCUUCAGGCAGCUACAACUACAGACCCUACGUUGCUCCUGGCCCUUGGCAACCAUCAAGCCUUCUGUCGAUUAUUUAUCGGAAUUGUUCAUUUUCCCGUAAUCUCACCCCCAAGUUGGCUAAAUAUUCUCCGAGUGUUUGCAACUCUCCUUUUCAUUGUGAGAAAACCCUGCGUUAAAAGAACAUUAGAUAACAAUCAGAUCAGCAUUUUCAACUUUAACCGAUGCAUUUUUCCUCAUGUAAAGGAUAGCUGUUUUGAAAUUAUUAAUUAAUCGUUAAAGGGUUCAUAAGUUUUACGUUAUCAUUUUUUUGCUUCAAUUUAAUUUUGUUUUAGUUUAAUUUGUCACGAACUAAGAUAAGGUUUUCUAGCAGGAGGUAUGAAUGUAUUUAUGCAUAUUUGAAAAGGCUUGUGUAUUGAUUUGCGGUUCUUGUUUUCUUUAUUAUAAUUUUGUUUGGAAUUUGCCAUAUUUACUGAUGAUUUACUACUUAAGUUAGUUAUAAUAUAUUAUGGAAUGCUUAAUUAUUAAUUCAUUACAGCUGUUCUGCCCAGAUACAUUUGUCAUUUUGGAAGCACUGACAGAUAACAUUUGUGAUGCUUUCGCCGCGUAGAAAACAACCUUGAUAUACAGUGUCCCCCAAAAUGUUAACCCACAAUAAAGGGAUAAUAAAUAAUGAACGAACUACGAACUCAAUGAACAUGGUUUUAUCGUAAACUUUGGGAGGUAAGCUUUCCAUUGAUAUCUUGGAUCAUUGUUUUGAAAAUGGUGUGAAAAAAGUUUGGGUUAAACAAUCUUUGUGACGCAUAAGCAGAGGAACGCUUCCAAGAUAUCAACAGAGAGCAUACGGCCCAGAGUUUCUAAUAAAACCAAAGGUAUGGUAAUUAAAUAAGUUCAUUGUUUGUUCAUAUUAUUCCUUUGUUUGACGGUUACCCUUUAUAGGACAUUCCCAAAGGUCAUAAUUACAGAGGAAUUAAUGUGGCCAGGUGUUUUGAAAGGUUGUAAUUUACAACACUUUGUUUUCAUUGCACAACAAAAUGUCAUGAAAACAAUGGGUACAGGACUUUAGAUGAUACCAUUCAGUACUUUGUUACUUAAGAAAAUUCAGAUCAGCAUAAGCAACUUAAAGGGAAUAUACAUCAUUUGCUUUUGCUGUAAUUUUCAGAAAUGGAUGGAAUUGGG